GAAAGUUUCGGAAGAAUAGAAAGACGAAAUAUCGAGAAAGUACUUGACACCUUAUAAAUACAUAUAGACUCUUCCCAAAACCAAUGUAGUUGAAACUUGAAAGAACAUUGUGAGUGCAAGAGUUAAAAAAGCUUUACUGAAAAAAAUGUCACUAAUUCCAAGAAUCUUCGGCGAUCGACGAAGCAGCAGCAAGUUUGAUCCAUUCUCAAUGGACGUGUUCGAUUCCUUCAGGGAAUUAGGCUUUCCGGGUUCCAAUUUAGGGGAAACCUCUGCAUUUGCCCACACUCAGGUCGAUUGGAAGGAAACUCCAGAAGCUCAUGUGUUCAAGGCCGAUCUCCCUGGGCUUAAGAAGGAGGAAGUGAAAGUGGAGAUCGAAGAAGAUAGAGUCCUUCAAAUCAGCGGAGAGAGGAACGUGGAGAAAGAAGAUAAGAAUGAUAAGUGGCAUCGCGUGGAGCGAAGCAGCGGGAAAUUCAUGAGAAGAUUUAGACUUCCGGAGAAUGCAAAAAUGGAUCAAGUUAAGGCUUCUAUGGAGAAUGGGGUGCUUACUGUUAGUGUUCCCAAGGAAUAAGUGAAGAAGCCUGAUGUCAAGUCCAUUAAGAUUUCUGGUUAGACGCUUUAAUUAAAAAUACAUACAUUUGUGAAUUAAGUAGUAUUAUAUACAUGAUGUAUGGCAAAAUAAAGAAGUGAAUCUGUUGUGUCUGUUGAAGAUUUGUAGUUGCUGUGUUUCUGUAUUAAAGUCUUGAGUCGGCUUUGUUUCUCGCCUAAUGGCAUAGUUGUACUUUCUUUGAAAUUCCAUGUAGUCUUUUGAUUCUGUCUCAAAUUGUUGUAUGUUAUUUUUGAUAAUAAACUUUCUCAUUCCUCUUCUA